GCGUAAAAUUUGUAUUUGAGUUGUGUUUAAUUAAUGAACAAAGGUUUAAAAAAACUAUUUUCGUUUCAAAAGAUAUCGAAAUUCCUGUAUUCGUUUACUCCAAGUGCAACUAUGGUAAGAUACUUUCCAAACCCUUAUGUCGAGGAAGGUAUAGCCGAAAAGGAGCCUUCGCACGAUGAUCUCACGCAACAAAUUAACGAGUACAUUAAAAAUAUUACAACGCGAUUGCAACCAUCUAAUAGGAACGUUGAUGGCGGUUUAUAUGUCGGAGUGACUGGGGUGUCUUAUAUGUUUUAUUAUUUAUUUAAAAAUCCGCUUUUAAAAGACAGCAAAAGUUUAUUUAUCGAGAAAGCCGUAGAAUAUUUACAACCGGCUCUGGACAGCUCCGCCGGAGAAAGGACGUCAUUUCUUUUGGGCGACGCUGGGACGUUUGCUUUAGCGGCAGUUGUGUUUAAAGCAAAAGAGGAUGAACGGUAUACUGACUUUAUAAAAAAUUACAAAGCCCUUUACAACCAAUAUCUUAAUCCAAAGUUUUUGAAAUGUGGGGGUGAUGAAUUUUUUGUGGGUAGAGCUGGUUAUCUUGCUGGGGCUUUAUGGAUGCAUAAGGAGCUACAAACACCGGUUUUGACAAGAGAAGAAAUGUACAACAUAUGCGAUGUGAUAGUAGAAUCUGGACGUGAUUACUCUAUGAAAAGUAAAAGCAGAUGUCCACUGAUGUAUCAUUAUUAUAAUACUCAGUAUUUAGGUGCAGCUCAUGGCUUGAGCUUUAUCUUGCAAAUGCUCUUAACUGUACCAGGGUACUUGCAGUUUAACACAUCUGCUGGGAAAGAUGUGAAAUCUACUGUAGAAUAUAUAGCUUCCUUGCAAACAAAAGAUGGUAACUGGCCUUGUUGCAUGGAAGAACUUGUUUUAGAUGAUCACAAACUAAUACAUUGGUGUCAUGGAGCUCCAGGCACUGUGUACUUGAUGGCCAAAGCUUACCUUGUUUUUAAUGACCAAAGGUUCUUGGAUUCCUGUAUUAAAGCAGGUGAAGUUGUAUGGCAGAAAGGUUUGUUACGGAAAGGCCCGGGCAUUUGCCACGGAAUAGCUGGCAAUGGUUAUGUAUUCCUGCUGCUGUAUAGAUUGACUGGAGAUGAUAAUUAUUUACACCGUGCAAAGAUGUUUGCAAACUUCAUGAAGAGUGAAGUAUUCAUUAGAGACUCGAGACUACCAGAUAAUCCUGAGAGCUUGUAUGAGGGUAUUGCGGGAACAGUGUGCUUUUUGUCCGAUCUUUUGACACCCGAAAUUGCUGAGUUUCCAUUUCAAGAUGUGUUUUCUAAUUUUAACCAGUAAA